ACGGUUCAUGAGGCGUCGAUUAUCGCCGGAUCAACAACUUGGAGUGGACCCCAAAUUGAUCCAGCGGACAUAGAACUCUCAUGAACUGUCCGUGUAAUAGACGAUAGAAUUUCCAAGGAAAUUCAAUAGACAAAAAAGAGUAUAAAGCAUAACCAAAAUCCCCCCAAACUUUCCCUUCUCUUCUUCCUUGCAGGGAAAUAUUACCCCUUUUCCCCUUCAUCUCUCCAACUCCAUACCCCCCAUAGGCCAUAACCACUCUCUGGUAUUCUCCAACUUGUGCUGUUCCUCAAACCUCUUGCAAAGCUGACAUGAAGAUUCAUUGGUUCUUUUUGGUGGUAGUGACUUGUUCGGUAAAUUCAUAUCUCAGGUAGAAAAGGACCGGACGGGGAAGGAAAAUGUAUGUAGAGACUGAUCCUGAUUGCUUUGAUCCAAAUGAUCCCUACUCCAUUGGAGAAGUUGCGGACUGCCUUGGCUUUCCCCAGGCCCUGCAGGACCCCCAUGAAAGCUCCACCUUUGAGCAGACGAUGGGCCUCCAUGAAGAUGUUCAUUCGAACAUGGAGAACUGCUAUGAAAACAAUGAGAAUGACACCCACUUGAUGCAGGGCAUGAUCCAUGAUGGUGCUGCUACCAACCACCUCGACAAUCAGGCCCUGGCUCUUGGCAAUCAUCAGGCUCCGAUCGACAACAACUGGAGCUACGCGGCUCAGAACUUCGAUAACGGCCCUCCUAUCAUGUUACCUGAUGGGCAAAUCCCGAUGAUCGCUCCAACCCUGGACCUCCUGGACCUAUUCCACAACCUGCCGCCCCGAUCAUCUGCCGCUCUGCUUCAGAACCAGCCGAUCCCAUCCCUGAUUGAACCUAUUCCAAUGGGGGUGUAUGAUCCGCUGCUGCACUUGGCCCCACAUCCACCGCCACCUCUGAUGCGAGACCUGUUCCACUCCCUGCCUCACGGGUGCUACCGGGGCACGAGCUCAUUGUUCGGGGAUGGAGGCGAUGAUGACGGAGGGCUCCUGUACCAUCAAAAUCAUCAUCAGGAGACGGAGAACGGGAUGCUGAAGUUCAGUCAGGAUAUCAACGUUUGUCUGGGGAAUGGGAGGGAGAGGAAAGCCACAAAGCACUUCACCACUGACAAGGAGAAAAGGUCCCAGAUGAACGACAAGUUCGCCAUCUUGAUGAGUUUGAUUCCUAAUCCUAUCAAGACUGAUAGGGCAUCAGUAGUUGGCGAAGCCAUAGAGUACAUCAAGGAGCUCUUAAGGACUGUCGAUGAGCUCAAGCUACUCGUCGAGAAGAAGAGAUGUGGGAUGGGAAGCAGGAGAAAGAGGCACAGAAUGGAGGACGGCGACAUGGAGAGCUGCAUCACCGAUAAGCCUAUCAGUGAGCCCGACCAAUCCUACAGUAGUGCCCUGAGGAGCUCGUGGCUCCAAAGGAAGUCCAAGGUGACUGAGGUUGAUGUCCGAAUAAUUGACGAUGAGGUCACCAUCAAGCUCGUGCAGAGGAAGAAGAUCAACUGCUUGCUUUAUGUCUCGAGGGUGCUUGACGAGCUUCACCUGGACCUCCAACAUGUUGCUGGCGGACACAUUGGAGAGCACUAUAGUUUCCUGUUCAACUCCAAGAUCUACGAAGGAUCUCCGGUUUUCGCGAGCGCAAUAGCAAGCAAGCUCAUCGAGGCUGUGGAUGGCCAAUAUGCGAUGUCCUGCCCCACUGGCAGUUAUUAAAGAGUUCGAGCCCCGAGGGAGAGGGGAAGAAAAUGGUUACUGUUUCUUUAGGAAAGAAGAUUUAUAAUCCAUAUACUCUUAGUAUAGAAACUUGAAUAAGGCUGAAGGAGAGCCAAAUGUUAUGAAGUUAAUGAGACCUAAUUUUAUUGACCUGAAUGAUUCUGAAUUAGAACUACUCAUUUUGAUCAGGCCGUUCUUUCUUA